AUGUCGCUCGACAUCAACCCUGCCUCCGAGGUGGGAAAGGCUCUGCACCGCGCCAUCCAGGUGGACCUCGCCGAGCGCGGCUGGGCCAGUGCCGACGACGAUCUGCUCGCCGAGUUCGUCGUCGUCAUGCUGCAGAACCACAAGACGGCCGCGCAGGUCUCGGGCGAGCUGGCAGAGCUCGUGGGCGCAGACUACGACGCCAGCUUCGUCACGUGGCUCUGGACGACGGCGGAGGCACUGCUGCGCGGCGAGGCGGCGCCGGUGAAGGAGGAGCGCCGGAGCGCCAGUCCGGCAAGGGUGCGCUCGCCGGUGCGGGAGAGGGAGAGCCGUCGAUCUCGCUCGCCGGUGCGCAACGCACCUCGAGGCGGCAGCUCCUACGUGCCACAACAGCACCAGCAGGCGCCACCACGAGCACGGCGCGCCGAGCCCGAGCGCGGUGGCGGCGCACUUUUUGCGCGAGCGCUGGGGCGGGCAGGCCGACAAGAAGCGGCGCCGCUGCGCUCGGGCGGCGAGGAAGUGAAGCGCGAGUACCCGGAGAGUGGAGAGCAGAUGGACCAGCAGAUGGGCAACGGCCUUCCUCCGCCGCGUGCACCUCGAGGUAUGAAUGCUGGCCUGCGAGACUAUGCUGCGCCGCCUGCACCAAGCGCCAGCGCACCUUCCAUCCUCUCGCGCUUCGCUGUGCCCGAUCCUCGCGCCUCGGCCUUUACGCCCGCCUCGCAAGGCGCAGCGAUGCCGACAGCAGCAGCAGCUACAGCAGAGGGCUCCGCAACGUCGCUUCUGGCACGCUUAGAUCCCAUGCUGCCUCUCAAUGCGCUGCCAGUCACGAGCGUACCGAGCGCGCCCGCACAGCACUCGGCGCCCUGGCCUUCUACGCCUUCCGACGCCUCCCUCUGUCGCUACGGCCUGCGCUGCACCAACCCGCUCUGCGUUUUCUCGCACGCUAGUGCCGCCGCCAUUGCCUCUUCCUCUUCCUCGUCGAGCAACGGCAUGGCAGUCGACGAGCCACUGGUGCUCAACGCCUCGCCCUGUCGCUUCCAGGCCGCAUGCACACGCGCAGACUGCGAGCGCAGCCACGUCUCGCCCGCGCAGGCCGUGCUGGCAAAGAAGAACGGCGGCGCACCGGCGGCGGCGGCUGCACCGGCCGCAAACGCUACGCAGGAAUGUCGCUAUGGCGCACGAUGCACUCGCGCGGAUUGUCGCUAUGCACAUCCCGGCAAGCCGACCUCUGGCGCGAGCACGGAAACGUGUCGUUUCGGCGUGGGCUGCACGCGCGCCGACUGCAAGUUCGCGCAUCCGCAAGGCCGGACACUCGACAUCGCACCGCCAGAUACGGAGAUGCGCGAUGCCAAGCACGUCUCGGAGCGCUUGCGGCGCUUUGCAAGGGCGGGAGAGGGAGAGGGAGAGGUGGAGAGGAUCAUCCCGGGCGAGGCGUAG